GGGCACACUACGUCAGUGAGAAUUAAAAUCGCAUAGCUCCAGCUCCAGCUUCGAAGCUCCUAAGCAAAUUUCGUGUCACUCUUUAGAACAGCCUAUCUAUAGCUUCAAGAUGCUAUUAUCGCGAGUUCGAAUAACUCCAACAUGUAGGGCUCUGUUUUCAUAUCGAGGCAUCUCUACAUUAAGCAACAACCCCUACAUAAAAGUGUUUCCCAAUGCUACAGUAGACAAUGGACACCUUCUCACAUUUCUCGAUACCAAUCCACCUAGCCAUAGAUUAGCCAUUGGCUCUACAGCAGCUCUACCGCCAACACCCCAGUCCUUUUCCGAGAAUUACGAAUUCAUGUCCAUCUUAACCGAAGUUCUUCGAAACUAUGCUGCCCAUGAUCCAGAUCUUCUAGCUCAGGCCCACGCUUUCGCUGGGCCUGGCGGGGCAACCCUCGGUUCAGGAGGCGCAUUUUUCCCACAACAGCGUAAGCAGCGAGGUACGAAAGGGUCGGCAGCCGGCUUAGGUGGGGGAGGGGGUGCCGGUGGAGGUGGCGGCGGCGGAGCAAGUGCCCAAGGAGGCGCUGGGGGUGCAGGUAUAGGAGGACAUAUCCAUCUCAGCGAUUUGAGGAAUCCACCCGACUACGGCAGAAUAGCAUGGCCGGAAGAUAUUCUUGGUAGUAUCGAGGUCGAUGGUUCUGGAAAUAUCGUAGGAGAGUUCCAGCCCAGCGGGACCUAUCGCAUCGUUACCAACGAGGGAAUCCUAGGUCUCAGUGACUUUCUCAGGACAAAACUUGUCGAAAGGCUGAAAGAGGAAGAAAAUAAGGGAUGAUGUAAUAAGCUGGUAUGUAUUUCGUACAGAGCACCGAGUCCCGUUUAAACUAACAAUCCCCAACAAAGAGUUCAAUAUACCUAACAUAUGCUGCUUUAUUAACACAUCCUAACACACACACACACGUGUGUAUUAGGUUAGUUGGUAAAUGUUAUUGUACUGUGCAAUAGGCUACUGUCAAGAUGGAAAAUAAAGCUUAAUAGAAACUAGAUGUAACCAUGCCUAGGUACCUCCAUAGUACGUAGUACGUUUGUAAGGGUUUGAUAUCAGUC